AAAAUGGCCGCCAGACAGCCAGUGGCGCGCGAUAACCGUCGCCUGCGCACGCGACGCGACCGCGCGUUCCUAAUUCAAAAUACGAACCUUCCGAAGUGAAUUGUAACUGGCCAGUGUUUUUAUACAAUAUUUUUCUUAAUUUUCCAACUGCUGUGGUGUGUGUGUGACGGCUAGGGUUGACAGUAAACUUGUUAUUCAGUGUUCUCGGAUUGCGAAUCUUCGUAGCACAGUGCAGGUUGUAUUAUUGCUUUGUUGACUGCGGGCAGCUGUCAAAAUAUUUCUUGGAAUAUCAAGAUUUACACUCUGCUCUACUGGAAAUCCAGGCAUGAUAUAAUAAGAGAGAACUGCUGACCCAGAGAAAAAGAACUGGCCGAAAACAAUUCGAACGUGGAACAACCGAACGAAAACUAACCGCAACUAAAUUGACCAUAAACAAAACGUAACUUUAAAAAGAAAAAAGAUGCGACGGACUGUCGAUCUAACUUGACUUGGAAUUCAAAAUUGGAACUGGGAAAAUGAGUGUCAGUGUAACUUAGCAGUGUCGUUUGUUGAGUGAAACAUGGCGCAUAAAGUGAAGAGCAACCACUAUGUGGCCACGCACAGGUCUGGCGUGGACUCCCCCUCCUCAGGGGGGUUUCUUCCGAGGGGAUCAUCGAGGGAUGAGAACGACAGUCACAGCCACAGAGCACCGUCGGAGAGAACUCUGUCGGAAUAUACGGUAAUGGACGAGCGCACCCGCUCGCCAUCUGGCGGCGGCGGCGGGGAACAGAGGCACGCGCGGCGACACAACGGAUCACCGAGACACAACGGAUCACCGCGGCACGACUCGGGGUCCGACGUGUACGUCACUAGCGCCGCCUACCGGCCGCCCUCGGAGAUCAGCCGGCAGUCCCGGGCACCUCGCAGCGUGUACUCCUACCGGAGCGCGGUGGCGCCCUCUGUCGCCUCCACGCACCGCUCCAAAGUUUCUAGGAAGGCUGGUGUAAAGGUGGACGCGAUGGCGGCGCCCAACCCGUUCUGUCCCAACGUGAAGGGCAUGUGCUGCCUGAUGCUGCUGCUCAACCUAGGCCUCAUCCUGGUCACGCUCGGCUUCGUCAUUGUGCUGCAGUUCUUUGAGCCGCUGUUUGUCUGGAUCCUAGGAAUAGUUUUCCUGAUCUUUGGCUUCAUCACCCUCGUCGGCAGUUUGAUCUACUGCGUGGUCCUCUGUCGAGAGAACCCGUACCCUCGCUACCCUGACGACUUCUACUGGACCCACCACUGGUCAAAGACCAUAGGGCCUUCGGAGAUCAACUAUAGCACCAGUGAAAAGCCGUACAGGCAGAAUGGACACAGUGAUAGGUAUAAUAAUAAGUACAAUGGCAAGUUCUCUGACAGGGAGAGUGCUAAAGGGUAUUCAGACAGGGAGAGCAAGUUGAGCAGGUAUUGAAGAAGUUGAGGUUAUGUUUUCGUUUUGGCGGGACUCAAGUUUUGACAGUUGCAAAAUUUUAAGUCUUAUUUCGCGCGUGUUUUGUUUGGAACAGUUUUUUCUCAGAGUUUCUGGAUAGGUAUCUAUGUUAUUUCGGUACGUAGGUACACUACAUCUUCACUUUCUAUCAUCUCAAUUUUGGAUUGGUAUCUAACAGUUAAUAAUUGUACUUAAUUCAAAAACACUUAACUGUUAAUUAAUAAUUAAAUUUUCAAACACUUACCUAUCAAAGAUCUAGAAGUUAACACGCGACAAAUAAAUAAUGUUUAUAUUAAAUGUACUAGAUUAUGUAUACCUUACAUUUAUAAUUACUUUAAGAAGAGAAUCAUAUUAUUUGGAAAUGUAUUUGUAAAUAAUAAUUAAUCUAGAAACACUCUUUCGACGUAAAUGCCAUAUUAAUAAUUAGGUAUAAAAUAUUUACAUGUAAGUUGGAGAGUGUGUACUUAGUAAAUACUUAUACUUAAUACAUAUAAGUACUUAACAUUAUGUUGUAUUAACUACCUACCUACCUAUUGUAUUAAAUAUAUAGAAUAGAAUCUAUUUUAUACUAACUUAAUACUAAAUAGUAAUAGUAAGUACUUACUUACUUUAAAUAUUAAUUGUGAAUACCAAUAAUAAUGAAUAUAUUAUGUAAGAAGUACAUUUACUGAAUAAAUAA